AUGCUGCGGAGCUGCGCCUCACGAUUGCGCAAGCCCGGGGCCCUGCGCGGCCCGUUGGGAGGCACGCCCCCGCCGGCGCGGGGCUCGCGGCCGCCGCCUGUGAGUCCGGGAGCUGGGCGCCGGGAGCGGGCGGCUGGGCCAGGCUGUGUCUGGGGGGAGCCGAGGUCAUUUUCUUCAGAGGUCAUUUAUGUGGACCAUUCUCUCCCCAACUCCAGCUGGAGCAAGGACAUGAGACUCCUUUUUGACCAGUUCAUGAAGAAAACUGAAGAUGGCUCUUGGAAACGUUUGCCUUCAUAUAAAUCUGUAUCUCCUCAAAGGAUCGAAGAGCUCAAAACCUUUUUUCCUGACGCAAAGCCUAUAAAAGAACACAUGUCACAAGCCCAGCUCUUUCCCAGAAGCCUUGAGGAAGGUCUGGGGUUUGAAUAUGCAAUGUUCCAUAAUCAUGUUGAAAACAGGACAGUUUGCAUAUUUCAAGGAGGUCCUUACCUGCAAGGAGUACCUGGAUUCCUUCACGGAGGUGCCAUUGCAACCAUGAUUGAUUCUACUGUUGGUAUGUGUGCAUUUAUAGCUGAGGGAAUUGUCAUGACUGCCAAUCUCAACAUCAGUUUUAGAAGGCCUAUCCCCCUUUGUUCUGUUGUUGUGAUAAAUAGCCAGCUUGAUAAAGUUGAAGGAAGGAAAUUGUUUGUUUCCUGUAAUGUCCAAAGUGUGGAUGAAAAGACCCUAUACUCUGAGGCAACAAGUUUAUUUGUAAAACUGGAUCCUAAAAAAAGUUUGACAUAAAAGAGCUUCUGGUGCAUUCUACACCAAUCUGCAUUCCUUCCCUCCAGAAGAAGCUGUUGUCUUCAGUUCUGCUCUACUUACCUACUUUUGAGUCCCCCAGAGGGUGAAGCCUGCUAACACUGAUCUUCCUCAACAAAUCUUCGGAAUACAACUCCAGGAGCUCUAUUUCCACCUUCUAAACUCUUUAACACAGAAGGACUCCGUGUGACGGUAUCAACAAUUCUUUGUGUCUCCUUAGAAUAAAUUUCUGGUUCUCCUAAAUUUGAAUGGGCUCCUUAAGGUUGCACAAGCAUGAUAUCUGCCCCAUUGCAGACUGAAGAAAAAAUUCACAUUGAAACUCAAACUUGAAAAGCCAGAAAACCAAAAGAAGGAGAGUGUGUGUGUGUGUGU